AUUGCAGCGAAGCAGAAGGAGCAUGUCAACAAAUCAAACUUACUUUCGUUGAUAUUUCUUGAAGGAAAUAUCGUUUAAAAAUCAAUAAUACAUAUAUUAUAGAGGUAAAAUGGUGACUGUCAGCUUGAGAUGGAUGCAGAUGGCUUUACCGUAGUUAGCAAAAAGAAGGCUGCCAAAAGAAGAUCGGCAAAACCACCAGCAGAUUAUGUUAACACGUGUGAAGAGAAUGUGGAGGACUGUUUAAGAAAAAUCAUUCAAGCAAGAGAAGACUUGGAAGCAAGCGAAGGCUUCACCACCUUCCGUGAGAAUUUGAACGAGGUAAAGAGCUCCCAGCAGAAGGAAGAUGGUUGCAGAAUUUCUUCCAUUGUCUGCUACGGUCUAGGUCAGGUUUCCUCUAGUAGGAUUGCCAGGUACCAGACUGGGCUGCUCUUGUCCAUUCAGGAGUUCUUUGAUGUUGCCGUUGAGGUGUUCGAUCCUGCUUUCUCGUCGCUGGAUGAGAGGGUGUUAGAUUCACUGAAUUUUACUGUCGUUAAAGAAAAUGAAGAGGGGAAGAAGAGUGUUUCAACAUCGACCCUGUUUUACAUGCCUCAUUGCGGAAAAGAAUUGUACAAUAACCUUUUGUGGGCAAACUGGAAUACAGAAUCACUUCCCAUGUGUAUAAUUAUAGGUAAUAGCUUCAAUACCAUUGUACAAAAUGUACCUUCAAGAAUAUUAAAACAGUAUUAUAGUUUUAUCGAAAGAGCAGCAAUGCUUUUUGAAGAAUAUCCUUUGAAAUCGUUAGUGGAACAUGAUGAUGUGUUCAAUGAUAUUAGUAUUCAUAUCAUGAAACGAGAAAAUGCAUUAAGUGAAAAAGAAAAGCUUUUAGAAGAAUGUAUUGAGCCAGAUUAUGAAGGCUGUGAAGCUGAGAUUGUGAGGACAUGAGGACAUAAGGAGACAUAAGAAUUAGAAAUAUUUAUGAUAUUUUACUACAAGGUACAAAAAUGGUGCUCUGCUGGAAGUUACAGUUUCUUGUUAUAUAUUCUUUCAUUUUCUUUGAACUCUGUGUAUGCUCAAAAGAGUGUGAUUUAGGCUUCUUCAGAAUUGGGGAGAUGAAAGAGUGUCACCCAUGGAUAACGUGCAAUGAUAUAAAGGACAUGGCUUUAGGCAAUCUUCUUGGCUUUGGUGCUGUGAAGCAGGUUUACCAGUCGUCGUGGAAGGGUCAGGCUGUGGCAUACGUCUACAUUAACAACAGAGAUUUUUUAGAAGAUUUCAGAGCAGGAUUAGAUUUUCUGAAAGGCAUUGGGGCAAAUAAGUUCAUUGUGCAGUUAGUUGGCUUCUGUGAGGAAGCUCAUGUGUACAUUACAGAGUAUCAUCCUUUAGGCAAUGCUGCAAACAUUCAAAAGGUAUUUAGUGAAAGAAAUAUUAUGGGCCUGAAAGAGAGAUUUCAGUUAUGCAUAGACUAUGUUAGUAUACUGGAGUUCUUACACAACAGUCCUUUAGGUACAAGAGUAAUGUGUGAUUCGAAUACACUGAAUAAAACCUUAGAGCAGUAUCUGAUAACUUCCUCCCUAAGCCUAAUUUUAAAUGAUGUCGAUGCCUUACCGCAAGUGGGACGUGAAGGCAUCAUCUGUGGACACAGGGAGAUCAGGGGAGAGUUUGUGGCACCGGAACAGAAGUGGCCACACGAUGGAGAGGAAUUCACGGAGGAGCGAAUGCCUCGUUACAGCGAAAAGGUUGACAUCUGGAAAAUUCCUUCUGUGUGUAAUCACUUUUUAGGGAAGAGUGAGGAGGCGAGAAUAUUCCGAUACCACGUCUUUUCAAUGCACAGACAGUGUCGGGAGAAAACGCCACAGGCUAGGCCAUCAGCAGGGGAGGUUUUACAGUUUUAUGAGGAUCUUUUACAAAGGCAUUUCAAUGAAGGUAUUUACAGUGCAAAAGAAGAAUUAUGAUGGUUUAGAAUUUUGAUAACUUGUGGACAAAGAGAAAAGUUCUGCAUUUGCUGGCCAGUUUACUCUCUCAUUUAUGUGACAUUGUUAUGUACACUUUUUGUAUUUGUAAAUUUGCAGUUAUUUGGUUUAUUGUUAUACAGAUGGCUAUGAAAGAAAAUUUGUUAUAGAUUGUACUGUUUGCUAAAGAAUUUCUUGUUCAAGUGAUUAAAUAAUUGGAAAAAAUGUGUAUGUAACUUUUAUUAUAAACUCUUGAGCUUUCAUGUGUUUUGUUACCUUCAUCUUGUGUGGAAGCUAUUUUGUAAAUUAUGUAUAAAGUCAUUGUUAUAUGCAAAUUAUAUGUUUAUCCUUAUUGUUCUUUUAGAAGGAUGUUUUCAGUCUGUUUAACUUCUGCAGUAAAAUAAUUGUCGAACAGUAUCCUGUGUUAUGUUAUUUUGACAACUGUAACAAAAUUAAUAUACUUUGGAUAAUAAAGUGAUUUUUUA